AUGGGUAAAGCUCCUUGUUGUGAGAAACAUGGAGUGAGAAGAGGAGCUUGGACUCCUGAGGAAGAUCAAGCUUUAGCUGACUAUAUCAACAAACAUGGCCAUGGAAGUUGGCGUACACUCCCUAAGCAUGCAGGUCUUUUAAGAUGUGGAAAAAGUUGUCGGCUUCGUUGGAUAAACUAUCUUCGUCCUGGCAUCAAGCGUGGACCAUUUACGAAUGAAGAAGAAACUACUAUUAUUCAACUUCAUACAAUGCUUGGCAACAGGUGGGCUGCUAUAGCAUCGCAGCUACCAGGAAGAACAGACAACGAGAUCAAGAACUAUUGGAACACACAUCUAAAGAAGCGCGUCCCUCGGUCACUAGGGGAAAAACAUUCAUGUCUUAAUUCUGAUAGGAAUGUCCAGUCGAAUGCUCCUUCAACGAAUCACAUGGUACAAUGGGAAAGUGCGAGGGUUGAGGCAGAGGCAAGAUUGUCGAUUGAAUCCACAUUACACAAUUCAGGCUCUACGACGAAAACAUGUCCGGAUUACUUUCUUAAACUUUGGAAUUCUGAUGUUGGUCAGUCCUUUCGUAUGAUCAAGGGAAAGGAGGAACUGGCGUCCCAUAGUCUAGUCUCCCAAGCAUCGGCCUCAUCACUAUCGUCGGCGAAGUUAGACGAGUCAUGUUCAGAUGUCUCGUCGCAGGUGAAAAACACGCAAAGCCUUAAAGUGUCAACAACUCCAAAGCUUGAAAUUGCCAACAUGAAUCAGGAACAAAACAUGCCUCGCAAACAAACAUUAAGCAGCUAUAAACCAAAGCUUGGAGACGAUAGAGCUGGUUCAGAUUCAGGAAAUUAUGAAUUUCUUGAUACUUCUGAUUCUGCACUUAAGCACCUGUUACAUAUGCCUGAUGAUAUUGAAUUCUUGGGACACACUGACAAUUUCUUGAAUAUCCUUGAUGGUAGAUAUGACUAA